GGGGCGAGCGGGACACAGCGGCCGGAGCAGCUCCCACAGCCAGAACCGGAGCAGCAGCCCCAGCCCGCCGGCCGGGGCAGCUGUGCCGAAGCAGGAGAGAGCGCGGAGGAAGGGGCUCGUUCCACUCCCCCGCAGGGCAGCAUGAAGCCGGAGAACUUCCCCGAGGAGAAUGGCUUCGGGGAGGGAAGGGAUGCUGGCCAGGGCAAUCUCACACCCGGGAGCUGCCAGAAGAAACGCCGCUGGAUUCCGGAAAACUUCUGGGAGGACGUGAGGCAGCUGCUGGUGCUGGCGGGGCCGCUGAUCCUGAUCCAGCUGCUGAUCUUCCUGAUCCACCUUGUCAGCUCCAUAUUCUGUGGCCACCUGGGCAAGGUUGAGCUGGCCUCUGUCACUCUGGCCAUCGCUGUUAUAAAUGUCACUGCCAUCUCUGUAGGUUACGGUUUGACUUCAGCGUGUGACACCUUGAUAUCCCAGACCUAUGGCAGCAAGAACCUGCUGCGUGUGGGGGUGAUCCUGCAGCGUGCCACCAUCAUCAUCCUCCUCUGCUGCUUCCCCUGCUGCGCCAUCCUCAUCAACAUCGAGGAGCUGAUGCUGGUCAUGCAGCAGGAUCCCGAAGUCUCCAGGUUGACCCAGCACUACGUGAAUGCGUUUCUCCCUGCCCUCCCGGCGGUUUUUCUGUAUAACCUGGAGACAAGAUACCUGCAGAACCAGAUGAUCAUGUGGCCACUGGUGCUGAGUGGGGUCAUUGGCAACAUGGUCAACGUGGCUGCAAACUACGUCCUGCUCUACGUGUUCCACCUGGGCGUCACGGGCUCUGCCUGGGCCAACACCAUCGCUCAGUAUUCACAAACCAUUUUCUUGUUCCUGUUCAUCAUAGGCAGGAAACUCCACUUGAACACGUGGGGAGGCUGGUCCAGCGAGUGCCUGCUGGAGUGGGACAGCUUCACCUCCCUGGCUAUCCCCAGCAUGCUCAUGAUGUGCAUCGAGUGGUGGACCUAUGAGAUUGGGAGCUUCUUGAUAGGCCUGCUGAGCGUUGUCGAGCUCUCCGUCCAGUCCAUCAUCUAUGAGGUGUCUGUUGUGGCUUUCAUGAUCCCCCUGGGGCUGGGCACAGCUGCUGGUGUGCAGGUGGGCAACGCGCUGGGCGCCGGCGACAUCGAGGCGGCCAAGAGAUCCUCCAGCACCAGCCUGAUCUGCACAGGGGUGUUCUCCGUAAUUGUGGGGUCCAUUUUAGCUGCCACAAGGAAUGUGCUGGGAUACAUCUUCACCAUGGACAAGGAAAUCAUUGACUUGGUGGCGUGGGUCAUGCCUAUCUACGUUGUCUUCCACCUGUUUGAAGCCAUGACUGGUGCCUGCAGUGGAGUGCUCAGAGGAGUCGGGAAGCAGAAAUUCGGCGCCAUCCUCAACGCCGUGAGUUACUACGGUGUGGGCAUGCCCCUGGCAGCUGUGCUGCUCUUCGUGGCCAAGAUCGGAGUCAUCGGCCUGUGGAUCUCAAUGCUCGUCUGCGUUUUCAUCCUCUGCACCUGCUUCAUCACCUACAUCUCCCGCCUGAACUGGGAGAAGGCAGCUAAGGAGGCUCAGCGCCGUGCGGGAGUGACCCAGCUGCCACCAGCAGAGCUGCCGAGCCUGGGCCCCGAGCCCUCCUGCAAGGAUCUGGACGUGGGACCAGCCCCCCAGCCCCACACUUACCUCCCUGCCAGGGCAGUGUUGGGGUCUGUCGCAGGAAUAGAAGUGCAGGAUGACGUCGUGCUCACGGGCAUCACCAAGACGGAGGGAGCCUCGCAGCAGCUGGAGCUGCGGGAGGCCACCCCCGCUCCGGCCACCCCCGUGGUCACCAAGCAGCUCAUCCUGCGCCGGGGGCUGGCGGUGGCCGCAGCCGUGGCCGCGCUCGCGCUCGGCAUCGCCAUAAAGCUGAUCAGCAGCACAGGCUGACUCGCACCAAGGACUUUGGGGACUUGUUUUUGGGGUGAAAGCCUUUCCUGAGGGACAGGCGUACAAAGCACGGACCAGCCAGCGAGAAAAUGGAGCGCACGCCUGUCCCGCAGGAGCCAAAGGGCUUCUGCCAGGGCUGAGCAGCGUUUGUGCAGGUACUGAUUGGGAAUGGGCCCUGAGGCUGCCCUGGCACCCAAAAUGCUGCUCUGGGCUGCCUGAGCGUGUGGGGCACCCCCGGCCCACACUGCCACCACCCACUGGGGCUGAGCACAGCCCAGCUCCCCCUGCUGCUCCAUGACAAAUGCCCAAUAAAGAAUAAACCUGGCUGGA